AUGGAAUUCUAUAGAUCCUUCUGUCCUCCAUCUCCUGUCCUCACGGAGAAAAACCUGCCCGAUCAAUCGGGGAAGAUUUUCAUCGUCACGGGUGCCAAUUCUGGUGUCGGCGCUGAGCUUACAAAAAUCCUAUAUGGACGCAAUGCAACAGUGUAUGUUGGGGCUAGGUCUGAAAAGAAAGCCAUAGAUGCCAUAGCAGGAAUCAAGAAGGCGCAUCCAAACUCGGGUGGAAGACUCGUCUUCCUCCAAUUAGAUCUCUCCGACUUGACAACUAUCAAAGCCUCAGCACAGAACUUUCUGGCUGCAGAAUCUCGCCUUGAUGUCUUAUGGCUCAAUGCUGGCGUUAUGGCGCCGCCUCAGGGUAGCACAACAUCACAAGGUUACGAACUCCAACUGGGAACCAACAACCUUGGACAUUUCCUCUUUGUCAAAUACCUUCAUGAUAUUUUGCGAAAGACGGCGAUCACAGCUCCCAAUAACAGCGUUCGUGUCAUAUGGGUAUCGUCCUCGGGGGCGAUGUUGGCACCGAAACCAGCAAUAAAUUUCGACAACAUGGAUUACAGCAAGGAUGAAGGAGCUAUGAAGAAGUAUUUCCGCAGCAAAGCUGGAAAUGUGCUUCAUUGUGUGGAAUUCGCUAAUCGUAGUGCGGGAGAAGGGAUCUUGAGCUUGAAUUUGAUUCUCUUCGAUCCUGUAUACGGAGCAUAUACAGAGCUUUAUGCUGGUUUGAGCGAUGAGAUCACCGAAGAGCAAAACGCUUCGUUUGGUAAGACGGCUUCCAUCUGA